AUGACCUCUUUUCCACACCGGCGGGCUCCCGCCAUUACCCACACCAACGACCUAUACAAUCGAAUCCGAUCCCGUUCGUUUGAAAUCGAUGGGCCCCGACGGAGCAAACUUCGUCGCGUGGUUUCAACGAAGAGCAUCAGUCAGUACAUGGAUUCUUCAGAAUCUGUACCUAGUGAGCACAGCUCGCUCUUCGAUGCGGUCCUAGCCAGCUUUGAAUCAGAUGGUAGUAGGAGGCAGUCUGAACUUGACCGGUCAGAAGACCCUGGUCCGUCGAACUAUAUACCAACCACGCUCGGGAGGGAAGAUGCCGGUAUAUUUAAUUCGCGCCUAGCUCACUCACAUGGAAAAUGGCCGGGAAAGAAACUGGAGACCAUAGUUGAGCAAAAGAGUGCAUCUACGCUCAAAGCUUCACGAAUAUUCUCUGUCGGUGAUGUUGACGGACCUGGCAUAAAUCCGUCAUUGACUACACGAAGGGCUUUAUCCAACCCUCCUGAUCCUUUUGGUCGGAAGGUUUAUUCCUUCGAUGAUCUUGACCUCCCAACUCGCCGUCCAAAAGAUGCGGUCUCGCGUCUCCCAAACCGAUCGUCGUCUUCUGGAGCGAGCUUCGAGUUGCGCGGUUUGCUUCCUCAUACUUCCCCUGUCGAACCUACCCAACCGCUAUAUCCUCCCCCUGUUCGAUCCCCAACUCCGCCAGGCCUCCCGUCUUUUGGCUCGCGGGAAGCUAUCCACUAUAAUCCGAUCCAGGCCAACCGCUCUCGUCCUUCAAACCACCAGGGCCCAGCAUCACGCAGAGGGACGCAGCAAAGUUUAGCAGCAGAUGAUGAAGAAGACGACUCAUGUUGUGCUUCUGGCUUUCAGCGCCUCUUUGGUCUACCGUCCUGCAUGGUAGCUAGACAACCUGCGCUUCCUAACGGUGCCGUUGCCAGGGCUGAUGACGGUACAAUGGUUCGUGGUCGAUUUGGCGCCAGACAAAGUGGACAUGGUGUUGGAGCUGGCCCAACCUCACAAGGGCUAGAGAGCCAUCCUUUCCAUAGAAGCUCCUUACCAGCUGCCAGAGUCAAAGAUAGAGGCGAUGCCACAUCAGUUACGGCCGUUGUCGGCCAACAAAAUAGUCACAGGACUUGUACUUCACCUUCCCAAACAAACCAAGGUUACUCUUCCCCACAAACCAUGCCGCAAUCAUAUUCCUCCCUCCUACGGACCCAUAAUGCGCCGCACCUAGUGCCGCCACGGCGGUCUUGCCCAACUACAAGGAAUUGUGCGACGGGUAGUGCUACUUCUGUCCCUCUCCCAUCAUAUAUUGCUCAUAGAAGGCUCGAGGGCCCCCUCCCACGUUCUUCUGAAAUGAUCCAUCCCUCCAAUAGUACCAGUGGCUUAUAUACGCCUGGCCCUGAUGGUGGAGGGAAUGACGGUACCUCAACCACUUUUGCCUCAGUCACGCUUACCUCUAGCCAGCCCAAUCCCUCGCUUGAAAUUCCUGAGUCUCGCCAUGGGCAGAGGAUGUCAAGGCAAUCUGCUAUGAUUACGGAUAGCAAAACGGCCGGACUUUGGGACUGGCUUUUUAUGGAUUGCUUCUUUGUCUGCUGUGGAUUAUUCAGCGGCAACAAGCCUUCACAGAGUCAAAACCAACUUUCUUCGCAACAGCACAGUCGUUCUGCACUGGAUCCAACUGUAACAUCGGCAACGGCGACAGGCGAGCAAAUUCAAGCGUCAUUACACAGUAGUCAUGACCAUUAUCGUCGUCGGGAAAUGUCUUCUUCCACCCCGUGGACACCUGCGUGGGGAUGGCAGCCUCGAUGCUUUGGUGGUGAUGCUACAAUGGAUGAAGAAAUUGAAGUUGAAACCGCGACUGAGAUGCGGAUAAUGCGGCCGAUAAGGGCUCAAGCCACUGCCGUUAGAAAUUAG